AUGCGUUCCCGUAGCAACAGCCUAGAGGACACAGCAAAGGCCAAGCUGGCUCAGCACCAGGCACGAUCGCAGCGGCGGGCUACAGAACGUGAGGAGCCCCAGGGCAGGGGUACAGGACGGGCCAGGCACAGGGAGCCCCCCGAUGACACAGGCACAAACACAGGCACUGUCCAGAGGAAGGAAAAGGAGGGCAGCGGCAGCAGUGGGAGUGGCAGUGCCAGCAGUAACAGUCGGAGGGAGAAGCCAGCAGGUGGGAAGACCAGGGACCUCUCCCGAGACGACCUUCUGUUCCUGCUCUCCAUGCUAGAAGGAGAACUGCAGGCCAGAGACGAGGUGAUCACGGUGUUGAAGGCUGAGAAGAUUGACUUGGCCCUCUUGGAGGCCCAGUAUGGGUUCGUCACCCCACAGAAGGUCCUUCAGGCCCUGCAGAGAGACACCGUCCAGAGCAAGGCUGAGACCUUCCAGGAGGACAUCUACGAGAGGCCCAUGGCUGAGCUGGACAAGCUGGUGGAGAAGCAGAGGGAGACCCACCGUCGCAUGCUGGAGCAGCUGCUGCUGACUGAGCAGUCCCACAAGCGCGCCCUGUACAAGCUGGAUGACGAGAAGAGGAACCAUGGAGACUUCAUGAGGAAGAGUGACGAGUUCACCAACCUGCUGGAGCAGGAACGAGAAAGAGACCGGCUGGAGCAGAACUAG